AUGCGCUUCAUGUACUCUUUGGUAAGACAGACCCGUGGACAGCUCAUGGUCAGGACUCUGAACAACAACACUGACAACUAUGAUAUUGCCAUCGACCUUACUGACGAUUUAGACAUCCUUCCCAGUGGAGAAAUUACCAUAACCAACAAAAUGAGCGUUCAGGAUGGAGAGGGAUAUGGUGGCUCUAAUCUGUCACCUCACCUGCACACAGAGGAGUGCAAUUCAAUAAUUACUCAGCUCAAAAAGUGCCACCAGGAGCAUAAUCUUAAGAAAUUUUUUGGGGAAUGCAAUGAUUUUGAUCGUGCCAUGCGUGACUGCCUAAAGAAGGAGCGUCUUGACAAAAGAGAACGCAGCAAGCAACAUGCACUGGAAAUGAAAAAAAGGAUAAAGGAAGCAUCAAGAGAAAAAGUUUCAACUUCUUAA